GAACGCUACACUUCACCACUCUCUCUCUUUCUCUCUCUCUCUCUCUCUCUCUCUCAUCUUCUUCAGUUUCUCAUCCUUGUCGGGGCGCAACGAUGUGCUCCAUGGUCGAGAGCAUCCGAAAGAGCACCUCCAUAAUUCCCAGGAUCCUCCCAAACCAAGCCCACCAUGACCUUCCACUCUCACAACCGCACUCCACCACUCAAGGGGAGCAAGUUGGCGGCGGCAGCGGAGGCAGCGGCGGCAGCUUAAGGAGGAGGAUAAUGUCAUCUCUUUCUCUCAGGAUACAACCCAUUUCUCAUCCUUCAUCUUCUUCCUGGUCAUUCCGCAGAUCCAAGUCCAUGUCCUCCAUUGGAGACCAAGCAGGUAAUUCGAUCAAAAAGUGGUGGGAGUGGGGUUGGUCAUGGAUCACGUCGAGAAAGCCGGUCUUCGCCCAAGACCUGGAGAUGAACGAGGAAGAAAUCAGAGUCCUCGGCGGCCUCCAGAACAGAGGAAGCUGGAGACACGUUCUCUACAAGGUUAGGUCCGAGAUCCGAAAGAUUGUUCGUUCCGACGAUGUGGGUCUCCCCCAGACUAUCAAGUGAUUGCUCGAGGUUCGUUCGUACGGACCUGCGACGAAUAUAAAUUAUCCAUGAAAUCUCGACGACAACGGAGUCAUGCAAGCGCCGGGAGAAAAGAGAAGAGAUCUAGAGAUUUGCAGGGCGUUUGUGUGACUGGCCAAUGCGUAUUACUUCUAUUCUUUGGUUAGUUGAGUGAACUUAAUGGACGGAGUUUGCUGUGUAAUUAGAGUGAAUAUAUAUCUAAGUUGGUUACUUCUCUAUUUCAUGAUUAUGUAAAUGUGAUCAAGUGACAAUAUCAAGAAUUGUUGUUUGAGAGUAGGGUUUUCUAAGAGUAUAAAAGGGAGGGUGAUCUAACAUUA